AUGCGUUGGCCAACAUGCAGAGCAAAAUUUGUCGCUACGGCUGCUGCCGCUUUGAGUGCCAAAAUGGCUGUAGUUCCAGAAGGUGCCGCAGCAGACAGCAGACUGGAUCAUCAGCUUGACCUAAUGAGACGCGGUGCUCCUCCCGGAAGUGUGCAGGACGUUCAUCGCAAGCAUCUUCUAGCGCUGCUGAUGCGAAAAGACCCUUCUGUUUGGAGCCUGGUGCCUCGAAGCUACAUCUUGACAAGAGAUCCUGCAGAUGCUGCUUCAGAGUGGAAGAUGUUCAGGCGCGACUUUGAGCUGUCGCAAUGCCUGGGGCGCUUGCGAAAUUAUCUGGAACAAGGGGCAGCAUCAAAGCCCAAGCCGAAUGAAGAUGAUGGACUGGAAACUGCCUUGGAAAUUUGCCAGAAACAUUUGGAAGCCCACAUCGCCGACAACAACUUCUGGGAAGGCUUACAUCUGAGUCCCAUGCGCAAGGCAGAACUGAUCCUUCGGCGAGUUGAGCAGGAGCUGCCCCAUUUGCAACUUGACUUACUCCAGAAAAACUGGUGGCUAGCAAAGCCUGUCGAUGGGGCGAUGGGGAAAGGUAUCGUUCUUUUUGGUGGACUGUCGCGGGCAGAGGAAUUGCAAAUUUCGGCCAUGCCAUUUUGCGGGCGUAUGAACGAUGGAUAUGUCCUGCAGAAGUACAUUGAGAAGCCACAUUUGGUCCACAUGUCGAGCUUGAUUGACAUUGACAACAGGCUGGGCGGACAUACCGCAGAAGCCUGCGUGGAUGAGGUUUACAAAUACAACCUGCGCAUGCUCGUUCUGGUGCGUUGGGUCGAGGAUCCUUCAGUGUGGGUGUAUGACAAAGGCUACAUUGAUCUUUGUGCGAUGCCCUUUUCAGAGGAGUAUGGUGCCGCAGUACAGGAAGCCCACGUGUCCAACCUGCCAUGUAAGGGGAAGGGCAUUGGAGUUCGAAAGCGCAUGUGGUCAACAGACACCUUCAAGCUGUAUCUGCAAGAACGUUCCGGUCGUGAUGUUUGGGCGGAGGAAAUAGUGUCCCAAAUUCGAACUGCCAUUUCGAGGGCUUUGAGCUGCCUACUCCCAUUGACGACGGGAUGUACUAGCCACGACGAUUCCAAAUCCACACCUGUGCGCCAGCCGUGGCGGCGCUUCGGUUUUGAUUUUGCACUGGGGAAGAAUUUCCAUGUGUGGCUCGUUGAAGUCAAUCACCGCCCCGGAAUGAAAGCGCCUAAGGGACCAGCAGGUGAGGACAAGCGUCAACUCUUGGAGCAUUUCUACGCGGAUGAGAGUGAGCUUUGCGGUCGUAGAUGUGACGAGUCCAACAACGCUGCCUUGAGGCGUGGUGAGGAGCGGAGCAUCAAGGCUCCUCCCAAUGCGAACGAUGAGAUAGUGAGGAAAACCCUCGAAGCUUACAACAAGCUUCAGUCGAAUCCGGAGUCAUUCUGGGAUGGGGAUGCAGCAGGGCCAGAGGCUGAAGGGGCAUCCUAUGGCGUAUCGCGAGGAAUGAUGAAAAACAUGCGAGCAGCGAUGAAAAAGCGGCAAGCGGCCGGCAACCAGUGA